UCAGUAAAAACAGCAGCGAGACGCGACGUAAACAAACCGGGAGCGUCGCGUCGUGUCUGCGGUCAUAAACAGAGAGGGGGGUGUGUUUGUGUGUUUGGGGGGUCGUUGCCAUGGUGAAGUGCGUCGUCUCAGGGUGUCAGAACCGCGUGACGAGCGCGAGCCGCGGGAUCUUCAACCGCGCGCCGAAGAAGUUCUUCAGCUUCCCCGCGGACGUCGCGCGGGUCAAGGUUUGGCUGGCGGCGCUGAGGGAGACGGACAAGCAGGACUCGACGGAGCAGCACUUAAUCUGUGAAGACCACUUCCUGCCGGAGGACAUCUCCACCGACGGGGUCAACAGCGACGCCAUCCCCAUCAUGCCCCCUUACCUGGACGGGCCCAUGGGCCUGAUUAGCCCCUGGGGAGCCGAGUCAUCCGAGGAGGAGGAGGAGGAGGACCCCGGUGAUGAUGAUGACGACGCUGAUGAAGGUGGAGAUGUCGGUCCUGUUAAAGUGGAAUGUCCGACACCAGAACCUCCUGCAGUGGAUCCACCACGGCAGGAUCCAAGCCCCAAGAAGACUUCAGGGGCCAAGACAUACGGCUUCAGUCUGCAUCAGAAGAAAGAGAAGGUCCAAUACAGGAGAACAGCUGUAACUCCAGGUGUGUGUUGCUGUAAUCCAGAUGUGUCGUUGGGGACGCUGACGCAGCGUUUCCUGGAGCUGUUGCUGGCGUCUCCGGACGGCUCGGUGGACCUCCGGCAGGUGACCACCAUCCUGCAGACCCGCCGGCGCCGAGUCUACGACAUCACCAACGUCCUGGAGGGAAUCAGCCUCAUCGAGAAAAAGUCGACCAACAAGUUCAAGUGGAUAGGAAGCUGUCAGAUCUCCAGCUUUCUGUGGAUCAACCAGCAGAAGUUCCAGAGAGAGUUGGACAACCUGAAGCUGGUGGAGGACACGCUGGACACGCUCAUCAAAAGCUGCGCACAGCAACUCUUCGACAUGACGGACGACGAGGAAAACGCUGAGCUGGCCUACGUGACCCAUGAAGACGUCUGCCGGCUCGCAGCCUUCCAGGAGCAGACGGUGCUCGUGGUCAAAGCUCCGGAGGAAACCAAGCUGGAGGUUCCUGCACCUAAAGAGGACAACAUCCAGGUCCAUCUGAAGGGGGGGAGGGGUCCCAUCACGGUGCUGACAUGUGACAUCGACACAGGAGGAGGCGUGACGGCAGAGAGGAGCAGCUGCUUCUUAACGCUGGAGGAGAGUCGGAUAGAGACGGCCGCGCUGCUCACAGAGUCCAACAGCCCACAGAGCGCCGUGCAGAGCGCGUAGCCACCAGACGGCCACAAGGAGGCGCCAGCAAUCCUGACAGUUCUGAAAAAUACUACAGGAGCCUGAACACAUCGUUUUCUGGAUUUCCCUGACUGAGCUCACAUGUUACAAUAUUUGAAUAAUAACCAAAUCAACAUGGACGACACUAAUUAUGGAUCCAUUUCAUUUGCACCGUUGCAAAGUUUUCUUUUGACUGAACUCCUCGUGACGUUGAUUUUGCUCAGAAGAUGAUCAUGUAAACGAUGAAGAAGAAGAGGGAUGUUUUUGUAGUUUUAUUUUUUUAUUGAUGAAUGAGCUCAUUUGUAGACGCACAGCUGUGCCUCUCUACGUUUUAUAUAUAUUACAAUCAUGCCUGUAUGAUAUUUUACUUUGUUUGUCUUCGACGUCUUCUUUCUUUGUGUUUCAUCUUUGUUUAAUUUCUAAAAGGAGAAAAUGCCUCAAAGAUGCUGUAAUCAAUAAAAAAAAUU